ACGAGAGCAACACGUUCUCUUUUCACAACUACCCAAAAUGGACGCGAUUGAAGAGACACGGAUUGAAAAUGGCCUUGACAAGAAGAACUCGUCGUCGUCUGCAGAAGUUGAGACAGACCACAAACAGAAGGGCGUUAUGUCCGGCGGGAAAAUUAUGGUUGCUGGGGGACCGGGGCGCAAGUCCAAGGCUUGUCUCGAGUGCAAGAAGUUGAAGAUGAAAUGCGAGGUGUUUCCAGGAGACCGGAAAUGUCGACAAUGCCUGCGGAGAAAGGCGCAUUGCAUCUUUCGGCCUGCAUCAUAUGCAGCUGGCGACGGAGCAGCCACUGGUAUCACUGACAGAUACGAGCAGAAGAUGGACUCCAUGACAGAGGAAAUGAAGCGCAUGAGAGAAAGCUUAGAUGCUCUACUUGCCUUCAAGCAAUCACAUUCGACAUCUCCGGAUGGCGGCCACUCCGUCCACAUUCCCCUUACCAGUACGCCGUUGAGCACGACAAGUCCGGCUGGGCUUUCAACUCGAGAGGACAAUACCCAAAUGGCCAUGACGAGAGAAAACUCCCUUGAACCAGCUCCCAAUGGCGAUCACCGGGACGGGGCUGUCACUGUGGAGGAGCCGAUGGGAAGCCUCUACGAAGUGACCCGGUUGAGGAAUAUUCGCAGUAACAAGGCUAAAACCGCAAGACCACACGCAGGCGCGCAGGGCGAGUUGAACGAUUUCAUCUCGCGGGGCGUGAUAACCGAAUACGAAGCGGAAGAGUUGUACAAAACAUUCCACACCUCGUUAAAUCACUAUCUCUGGGUCGGUCUGGAGCAAACACAUCCCUCAUUCAACUCGAUCCGCAAAUCAUCAGAACUAUUGACGGCAACGAUCCUCGCCGUUACAGCGUUACAUCUUCCAACAAGUGCCGACACCUUCGACAAGUGCUAUAAAGAGUUUCUGUCACUGAUAUCCUCGUCCAUGUUCUCCCGGUACCACAGUAUCGACGACGUCCGGGGUCUUUGCAUCGCUGCAUUUUGGCUAUCAGACGUUUCGUGGAAGUUGUCUGGGCAUGCCAUCCGCAUCGCGACAGAGUUGAAUAUCCACCAGUCGUUUACAAAAGCCCUCGAAGGCGAUCGCGAACACUUUCUCCGGGCACGGCUGUGGUACAUGCUGUACGUAUGCGACCACCACUUCAGUAUCGCCUACGGCCGUCCUCCGAUGAUCGCCGAGUCCACUCAGAUUCGCGAGCACGAGCUCUUCCUCGCGUCGCCUUUUGCAAACACCCUUGAUGCGCGAAUCCUGUCGCAGGUUUCUCUUAUGCAGAUCCUGACGCGGGUAUACGACCGGUUUGCGGAACGGCGUCUCCCUGACCCGCGCGCGAUUCGCACAGCGACAACGAGCGUCUCGUAUGACUCCUAUGCUUCGAUGCUCUCGGAGGAAGAUUUGAUGGAUGUCCGGAAUUUUAACCUCGAGAUUGAGCAGUGGCGGAUGCGGUGGUACGCGAGACAGCAAACAAGCGGGUUCAUUGGGACGUUCCCGCCCAAGGGCAUCAUCCUCUACAGCUACUUUGCAAAAUUACAGCUCAAUAUCCUCGCCGUAAGGGGGGUGAGUUUGCACUCGGGCCGGCUGUCGACGGAGCGCAAGGAGCUCACGAAUAUAGCCAUCUCAGCAGCAGCGAGUAUCUUGACAUUUGUACUGGAAGAGGAGGAUAUGCGACGAGCGCUCGUUGGGACGCCAUUGUAUGUGCACACCAUGAUUGCGUUUGCGUCAGUGUUCUUGAUGAAGGUCGCCACGAAGUGGAACCGCAUCAUGGGCUUCAACAUUGAGCACAGCUACGUGAACGUGUCGCGGCUGCUAGAGAACAUGGUUAUACUGCUGAAGAGCUCGGUCACGUCGGAUCGGCAUGUCCUUCACCAUAUUGCGGCAGGCCUGGAGAAGAUGCUGGCCAAGAUGACGGCGGAGGCUGCUGCUGAAGACUACGUGAAGCCGGCGCAUAGUUACAACCACGAGACCGUCGGGUAUAACAAAGCUGCCGUUGACGCAGCAUCUGUGCCUGGUACAGGGCUUGGUACUCCGAUUCAUGGUGGUCAUAUCCAUGGCCAAGGCUGGGAACAUCCAUCACCGAGUCAGGAGUUCUAUGGUGAUGGCUUGACGUUUAUAAACGAUAGUCUGUUGUAUGAAGCGUUUGGGGCGGAGGCCGCUAACAACGAUGUGUAUAAUCUUCUUACCAGCCAUUUCACAUGAAUAUAGAUUACAGAUGGCUUAAACAUGUACUUGGUCUCUCGAUGAUACCAUUGCUUAAUGCUGCUGUGCGAUUCGACAUCGAAGCGUUAGGGUUGGGUAAGGAUGAGGCCUUUGAGCGCCGUGAAGACUGUGCGAUAGCUGCGCGUCUUCUUUUGGUCUUCAUCCUGUCCCCACGAUGGCAGCCGUUGCCAAGGGCCUCUGUUAUCAGGGUAAUCAACGAGAUUGCGGUAUUCGGUAGUUUGCAAGUUGGUGGGUGAUGCGUGUGAUUGUCGGGUCCAAUUUAG